UCUCCUUUUGAUCCUUCUUGAACGCUUAUUGACAAUAUAGCGAAUUGCGCAACAAGCAAGCGUCUGCCGUAAAAUGACAUAUCCCAGGGUUCCGUAAAUGUAAACUUCCUUUCAGCCAAUAAGUUUUAAGAAAAUGGCCAAGCGUACAAAGAAGGUUGGGAUCACUGGGAAGUAUGGUACCAGAUAUGGUGCCUCCCUCAGAAAGACUGUAAAGAAAAUGGAAAUUUCCCAGCACUCUAAAUACACAUGCCCAUUUUGUGGAAAGGACGCAAUGAAACGAAAAGCUGUUGGCAUCUGGGCAUGUAGUAGAUGUCGUAAAGUUGUUGCUGGUGGUGCUUGGGUAUACAGUACAACUGCUGCGGCCACUGUGAGAAGUCAAGUGCGUAGAUUGAGAGAAAUGAAGGAAUCCUAAAUACCAUCGUUGUUUCUCUGUAUUAUAUGUGCAUUAAAACUUCUCUAAACAA